AUGUCUGAACAUUUCAGUCAGCGGGCUUAUCUUGGAGAGGGGAAACUCCUGCCACAUCACAGCAGCACAGCAAACCACACCAAACCCCAUCACCCUACACUACACCACCCCAAACUACACUACCCAACACUACACUACACUACACCAUCCCAAACUACACCACCCCAAACUACACUACCCAACACUACACUACCCAACACUACACUACCCAACACUACACUACACCACCCAACACUACACCACCCAACACCACCCCAAACUACACUACCCAACACUACACCAAACUACACCACCCAACACUACACCGAACUACACCACCCCAAACUACACUACCCAACACUACACCACCCCAAACUACACCACCCAACACUACACUACACCACCCCAAACUACACUACCCAACACUACACCAAACUACACUACCCAACACUACACCAAACUACACCACCCAACACUACACCAAACUACACCACCCCAAACUACACUACCCAACACUACACCACCCCAAACUACACUACACCACCCCAAACUACACUACCCAACACUACACCAAACUACACCACCCCAAACUACACUACCCAACACUACACCACCCCAAACUACACCACCCCAAACUACACCACCCAACACUACACUACACCACCCCACACUACACCACCCCACCCAACACCACCCCAAACUACACCACACUACACCACCCCACCCAACACCACCCCAAACUACACCACCCAACACUACACUACACCUCCCCACACUACACCACACCACCCAACACCACCCCAAACUACACCAAACUACACUACCCAACACUACACCAAACUACACUACACCAAACUACACUACACCAAACUACACUACCCAACACUACGCCAAACUACACCACCCAACACUACACCUCCCCACACCACAUUACACCACCGUACACUAACCUAA